AUGUCGGAUGUAGGAUUAUAUCAAUUUUAUGACGAACGCAGUAAACUCGGGGAAUAUGAGGGAGACAGAAAUGAAGCAGGAGAGAGACACGGAGUCGGUAAAGCUGUUCUGCCCAACGGAGACAUUUAUCAAGGACAGUACGAGAACGGCAGAAGACACGGACAGGGGACAUAUCGCUUCAAGAUUGGGGCAAGAUAUGUGGGAGGCUAUUACCACAGCAUGAAACAUGGACAGGGCACCUUCUACUAUCCAGAUGGAUCUAAAUAUGAAGGGUUGUGGGUUGAGGACCUGAGACAGGGUCAUGGUGUCUACACUUGCCCUAAUGGUGACACGUAUGAUGGAGAUUGGCUGCAUAACAAGAGGCAUGGCCAGGGCGUUUACCACUACAAGGAAACUGGCUCAGAAUACAAGGGCAAGGGCAAGAUGGAGUCAGCUGGAGAGUACAUCCACUCUAACCACAGAUACAAGGGUAACUUUGUCAACAAUAAUCCGUAUGGACAGGGGAAGUAUGUGUUCGACACUGGCUGUGAGCAGCAUGGUGAAUACCACCAAGCAGAGCAGGACCGAGCUGAGGGCAAGUUGGGCGAGUUGGCCUCCACCACCAUCCUCAAGUGGAUUCCCAAGUGUAUCACUGGUCUGACACCAUGGACUCCAGCCAAAGACACCUCAGGUGGGGAAAAGGAAACUGCUUCAGCAGAGGAGGGAGCAGAGAACUGAGCUGUGUGAUCAGCUCUUCAAAUUUUUUUAACCUGUGUUUAAAAGG